AUGCCAAAAAUGUUUUUUAAUUCACAGUUGGGCAUGGUGGGGCCUGCCUAUGGUGCCUGCUACUGGGGGCGCCAGGCUGGCAGCAGAUGGGCAGAGCUGCGGGCAGCCAGGCUGAUCUGGGGUCUGCUCUACGGUUGGCCACCAGGUGGUCCGAGGUCCGGUCCAACGAGCAGUCCCUGCGCUCCCAGCCCAGGAGACCCCGUCUCCAAAAACCCCAAAGCAAGCGCACAGGCCCGGGCGAGGAACCGUGCAGCGGGCGAGUCGUCCGUCCUUUUCCGCUCUCACGGGCGACGGGGGGGCUUCCCACGAGCAGGAGCCCCGUCUAGGGACCCUCCGUCUUCAGUGGCCUCUUCCGGGCCGCUGCUGAGGCGGGAAGGGGCCCGCCUUACAGACCAACGAGAGCCAGGUCUCCCCACGUGGCCAAAGACCGGAACAGAAGGUGGUCAGUGUGGGAGGAGAUGCGGUCAGCCUGGAAGCAAUCCAGGAAAACCAGCCCCAAGGGAGCAGGGGGUGAAGUCCGGGGCCGGCGGGGCCAAGACCAGGCUGGCAUGCACACCCUCUCGGUUGUCUUUCCAACUGGGCAAGCAGCGCACACAACAAAGACUUUAUUGCCUGGCGGGCUUCGUGGCAGAGGUGGGCCAGAGCUCGGCCCCGCUGGAAGGCGGGCAGGAAGGCCUCUAGACUCUGCUCCCCAAGCAGCAGCUGUUCCAUCUGCUCCUGAGGUGCAAGAGAAGAAGAGAGAGCUUUGCGUGACAGGAGAAGGAGGAUGAGGAAUCCAGGGACGAAAGCAAGGGAGGGACAAAGCCUGGAGACCUCAGCCCUGACACAGGGCCUGCCUGCGGCACGCCCUCCGUCACUGGGGCCCUCCUGCCCACUUGCUAAAGCGUGGGGUUGGCAGACAGGCAGGACACCGGGGUUCCGGUCCCAAUCUCUUGGGCACUCGCUUAACCUCGGCAGCUGUUCUCUAAAAGGAGGGGACUGGCCAAGGCUGUCUUCGGGGUUCCAUGAUGAGACUCCCCGGCAGAAGGGCACGCAACUGCUAAAUGCUGACUUGCCAGGGCUAACUGUCAAUGUUGCAGCCAUCUAGCGAUUGGAGAGAUGACUGGAGUCAUCAAAGAGGGCUCCAGAGAGGAGACGAGCCUUGAAGGAUUGGAAGAAUUUGGACAAGGAGAAAGAGGAAGGAAGAGAGGGCAGGAUGGAGAAGAGCCAGACCAAAAGGAUGGGUCAUUGGGAAUGAGUAGUAUGCCCUGGGGGGGGGGUCUCCCUCCCUUUCCCCUCUUUCCUAGGACCCACUAAAGAAUGAAACAAAUUGUAAUACGUGAACAAAAUAAAGAAUGGCAUCCUGAGAAAUGA